ACGCCCCCAUCAGCCCUUCCGCUUUGAUAUAAGCCCCCCUACCCAUCCACCACGUUUCUCAGCGCCGCCUUCUCCCGCUCGCCUCGGGUUUCCUUUCACUGUCUGUAUAUUACCAUAAUUCCUCCACCAAAAGUCAUACAAGAGCCGUCACCAUGAUCAGAAACCCAAGCACGCCCUCACCCAAACCGUACAUCCACCGUUCACGGUCUGCGACCUUCGACUCUCCGACCCGUCGGCCUUCAACGUCGCCGUACUCGAAAUCCUCUUCUCACCUCUUCAACGGCCCCACGAAACUCGUACCUUCAGUCACCAGCUCCCGCGUCCUGAUCCAGCAGCUGACUCUCCCAACGCGCGCGACCCAGACCCCCAGUCCCAGUCCAUCAAGUCCAUCAACAUGCAGCACGCUUUCUUCCGUGGCCGAGGCCUCCGACUCUGACGAGGAGCUUGAAUCCGAUGUCGAAGCGCGGGCAUACGUGACGGCGCCAUCGCCGCCGCCCUCUUACGCCUCCUUGGCCCAGUCUCAGCGUCACCCGCGCGUGCGCGCGUUGCACGAGGAUCCAGACAGCGAGUUCAUCGACCCCUGGUUGGUUCGGGUGGUCUUGGACUUGUACGACGUAAGGCGGUACGACUGGACCAUGAUUGCGGAACCGAUCCAGCGGGUAUGGGGCAUUAGCACGAGCAGCGCUAUUGUGUUGGCGAUCUUGCAGCGAAACGGGAGGAUUGCGAGAACCGCGUGGUGGGAUUAGAGCAAGACGGAAUGGAGGCGCCGUGAGUAUGUGGGUGGUCGACAGGUGAGGAUAGAAAGGGAGAGCGAAGGCUGAGAAUCUUUGGAGUUGGGAAAGGAAAAGUAAAAGUUCAAGGCAUACAUGGAGUAUUUAUUACCUUUCCUUAUGUCCUAUUCUCGAUUUACUUUGCUGGCAUUUACGAAACUCAUGAACAGCUUUGCAUUCUUUUUUGGUUCUCGUUUCUCUAUCAUCUGCUUC